ACCUAGUGGGUGGGCACUGCGCACACAUUUGAGGCGGGGCCAGAUGUCCACAGUUCAGAGCCUCUUUUUGUCCCUGGGAUUGGAUCCCAAGGCUGGGUGGGGCCAGGCUGUCCCAUUCCCCAGCACUCCUCCUCCCCAGGCACCCGCAGGCGUUUGCGAGAGGAGAUACGAGCUGGGCUCCUGGCCGUUUCCUUCCCCGGGUCCUUGUCCACCGCUCCAGGCUCCAGCUCCCCGCCUCUCCCACUAUGUACCGACAGCGAGCCCGGACGGCUCCCAAGGGCAGGGUCCAGGGCUGCGGCUGCGUGAUGUCCAGCACCGUGCUCCUGCUGCUCGCCUACCUGGCUUACCUGGCGCUGGGCACCAGCGUGUUCUGGACGCUGGAGGGCCGCGCGGCGCAGGACUCCAGCCGCAGUUUCCAGCGCGACAAGUGGGCUCUGUUGGAGAACUUCACCUGUCUGGACCGCCCAGCGCUGGACUCGCUGAUCCGGGACAUCAUCCAAGCAUACAAAAAUGGUGCCAGCCUCCUCAGCAACACCACCAGCAUGGGGCGCUGGGAGUUCGUGGGUUCCUUCUUCUUUUCUGUGUCUACCGUCACCACCAUUGGCUAUGGCAACCUGAGCCCCAACACGAUGGCCGCCCGCCUCUUCUGCAUCUUCUUUGCCCUCGUGGGGAUCCCGCUUAACCUCGUGGUGCUCAACCGACUGGGGCAUCUCAUGCAGCAAGGAGUAGACCGCUGUGCCAGCAGGCUGGGGGUCACCUGGAAGGACCCGGGCAAGGCACAGUGGCUGGCAGGCUCUGGCGCCCUCCUCUCGGGCCUCCUGCUCUUCCUGCUGCUGCCGCCACUGCUCUUCUCCCACAUGGAGGGCUGGAGCUACAUGGAGGGAUUCUACUUCUCCUUCAUCACCCUCAGCACUGUGGGCUUCGGCGACUAUGUGAUUGGGAUGAACCCCUCCCAGAGAUACCCACUGUGGUACAAGAACAUGGUGUCCCUGUGGAUCCUCUUUGGGAUGGCAUGGCAGGCCUUGAUCAUCAAACUCAUCCUCUCCCAGCUGGAGAUGCCAGGGCGGGUGUGUUCCUGCUACCACCACAGCUCCGAGGAAGACUUCAAGUCCCAAACCUGGAGACAGGGCCCAGAGAGGGAGCCAGUGUCCCCCUCCCCACAGCAAGGAUGCCAUCCAGAGGGACCUAUGGAAAUCCAAUGGCAUCUGGAACCUUCUGUUCAGGUUGCAGGCCGUGGCAAGGACAGCUAGUUACACUCUAUUCUUUGUUUGGUAUUCCUCCUCAGUAGCAAGACCCCUGAUUUUAACCUUGGCAUAUAUCCUCCCAAACUAAAGACUACAUUUUCCAUCCACCCUUGAGGCUAGGUGCAGCUAUGUGAUUAAAUUCUGCCCAAUAGGAUAUACAGAGACAUGUCCUGGGUGACAUGGAUGUGACUUUCAGGUGGGAGAAGGCAUGCCCUUCUUCCCCACUUCCUUACUUUAGCUGGCUGCAAUGUCGGUAUGGUGGCUGGAGCUCUGGCAACCAUCCUGCACCAUGAAGUAGAGGCAAAGCUGGAGGUUGGUAGCACAAUAAGAUAGGAAGAGUUUGGAUCUCUGAUGACCACAGAGCCAUUCCAACAAACCUGGACAGACUAUCCCCAGACCUCCUUUAUGUGAGAGAGAAAUAAACAUCUAUUAGAAACACCA